CGGAAACCGAGCACCUGACUAAAGCGUCUGAUAGACAAAGACUUCCUUCCUAGCAACGAGUAAUGGAGGACUAACAACUAUUUACAAAAUGUGAAAAACUUUAUACAUUUUGCAUAAAAGAAAUUCCAGAAAUGGCUGAUGUUCAGAAACCAGGAAGCCCUACCAAACGGGUAACCAUGGCUGCCCCGCGUAGUGCUGGAUCCACGGGACAGAGAUCAGCACCAGGGAGUGGAAAGAAAUCCCCCACAGAUUACUCUCGCCCCAUUGUCAGAAGUGCUGUUAGGCGAUGGAAACGAAUGCAUGAACAAAGCAUGAUGGAAAAACUAGUUGGAAUGCGUAAUGACAAAAAACAGCAAGUUAAAAGCUCAAAAGAAAAUGCCAAGAAACUGGCUCGCAAAAUCCCCAUUGAGAUUCUUGCAAGAGAUUGGUUAAAUGACAAUGAGGCUACAUUAGAAGUAAGAACAUACAUGGUUGACAAAGUUUUACCAACUCUGAUCCUUGGAGUUGAAAAGUUAUUAUCAGAAGCUGAUAAACGUGGCUUGACUGACGAGAACAUGGAAGAUCCAGACUUUAACCCAAUUAAUUUCUUAGCACAACAUAUGAUGAGAAACAACCCUAAAUAUAGUAACUUCUCAGAGGCUUCACCCUAUGUAAGAGGAAUUAGAGAAGUUUCUGAGGAGCUAAAGAAACAGCUCUUUAACAUUGAAGAUAAUAGAUUAGCACGAAUAAAAGCUGAAGCCAAGCGACGUCGAGAAGAGAGAGAUCGUCUGGAGAGAGUGAAACAGGAAGAGAGAGAUAGGAGAGAAGCCAUGUUUAUGAAACAGUUCCAGGAAUGGCAUGUCCAGCCCGACAGCAGAGUAGAAUUGUCUCUGGUACAAAAUGCCCUACGUUCAUUUGCUGAAAUAGCAGAAAGUUUCCCAGAAGACUUGAAAGAUGGAUUUAAACUCAGUCGAGCUCUGGAACCAACCGAUGAGUCAGGAAAGGCAUUGUCUGUCAAGGAAUUUGCUAAGUAUCUGACAAUGUUUGUGGACGACUUCAGCUAUGAGGUCUUUGAGCAGUUCAUGCAGCACUUGUCUCUGUGUGCUGAGUCUCAUCGUGCUGCUGCCAACAGAGAGCAAAGGAGAAUUGUGCUAACGAACCUCUUCAUUACGUGUGAUCACAGUGGAAUUGGAUUGCUAGACAGACACAGAAUCCUUAGCCUUUUUGAGGCAUUCUGGGAUUCCAUUAAAGAAGACAUUAAGAAAAAUGUUCGGAACCCUCGCAGAUGGCCUGUUGCAGAGGUAGAUGAAGUUGAGGAUAUUUUUGAUGAUGAAGAAGAAACCACUACUGUUCCAACAGUUACCGAACCAACUCCUGCAUCUAUAUCACCUACACCAGCUGAACCAGCACCAGAAAAACCAGAGGAAACCGAACAAACUAGUGAAGACAAAAUAGAAAUCCCUGCCACUACUGCUGAAAGUAAACCAAUUACAAACGAGGUUGAACCAGAGCAGAAACCAGACAUAGCUGAACCACCUGCUGCUGAGCCAGCUGAAAAGGCUGAGGAAAAAUCAGAACCUUCUCCUAAACCAGAGGAACCAGGAAAACCAGAGGUAGAAGUAUUAACAGUAACAACUGAAGAUAAGUCUGCAGGAAAAUCAGGGGAAGAAGAAAAGAAAGAGGAAAAACCAGCAGAGGAAGCCAAGACAGAGGAAACAAAAGAGGAACAGCCAUCAGAGGAAACAAAACAGGAGGAAAAAGCAGAGAUCAAGCCUGCUACUCCUCCUCCUACAGAGGAAAAACCAGAGGAAAAGAAGGAAACUGAUGAACCAGAGCCAGAAAAGUCAGAACUCAAAGUUGAACCAGAGGAAAAAGAACAAAAAGAAGAGCCUCCAAAACCUGAGAAAGAGACCUCCUCAGAUGGAGUAGAUGGAGGAAAGGAUACCACUAAGACAUCUGCAGCUCCAUCUUCAGUGACAACAGCUACUGAGGAAGAAAAAAGCAAUGUCAAAUUUGCUGCUGACACAACUUUUCAUAGAGAGAAAACAGCAUUGACUACAAUGAGCAAGGGAUCAGGACAGUCAGCCUUUGACGAGAACUCGCUGAAUGUUUCCCAGUUUGUGACCCUCACUGAGACUUUCCUGGGUAAUGAGCCCACAAAAGAAGCUUUUGACAUGCUGACCAAAUAUGUUAAAGAUGGCUACGAGGAAACAGAGGAAGAGAAAAUGGAGCGACUGAUGAAGGCUAGAAAGGAGGCAUUGUCCACACAGAGGAAACACAUGAUGGACUCCUUGUUUGAGAAGUGGGACAAUGAUGGAUGUGGCUAUCUAGACAUGGAGGAUGUGGAAACUGUGAUGCAGAAGUACAAAGAGGGACAAGAGACAGAGGCCAUACAAAGGGCCAAGGCUACCCUGAAGAAGCAGUCUAAGUAUGCAGAUAACCGACUGAGUAAGAGAGAGUUCCGCACCUUUGUACAGCUGGUGGUGGAUGAGAUGCCGGGGGCAGAUUCUUUCGAUUAUUUUGUAGAAUUCCUAGUCAACAGUGUAGAGCGUUCAUAUGCUGAGAGGAUCCGUGGUGACGCCAGGAAGAAGUGGCUUCAGCAGAUAGUGACCGCAGCAGAAACUGGCGGAGCCAGCAUGGAACCAGUGUACAGAGCUGUAUUCAAUGCCCUGUAUAAGGAUGCUGAGGCCCAUGGUGGAGGGAAGAGAAUCAGUGCUAACAUUGCCAUGCUGGAGAGAAACACAGCAGAUCCAGAGAGAGGCAAUGUCUGCUUACGUUACGUGGCAGCCACUAUGGAGGACGCUGACUACCUCUUAGGAAAAAUACUGUAUAAAGACAUGAAAGGCAUCAGUUUUGCUGCUGUGGAGAGUGGUAAACCAAUCCAUGUCCCCAGAGUGGCAAACCAUGGAAAUAUACAGUUCUGGAACCCCUACAGACUUCCAGAGGACAGGGAGGGGUCCUUCAUUGUGGUGCCAUUAAAGGACAAGAGGAAGAGAGUGUUUGGAUUGCUUGGAAUUGACACCAUGAAUGACCACCACACCAAAACCAUCUUCAUCACUCAUGAAAUCCAGUUCUUCCAGGGAGUGGCCAAAUCUUUCAGUAUCUCAUACCACAACAUAGACAUGAAGAAAAAACUACUGAGAAUCACCGAGAGUGCAGUGUCCUGGAUCCAUCGUCGAAGUCCCCACGUACAGGAAAUUGUGACGUACAUGGUGGAACCAGGUACUGACCAAGGUGACUACAUUCUCCGCAAGAUGAUGAUCACCGACGAGAAAGGCAAUGUGCAGAACCUUCUGAGCCCCCCCAGGCUGGAGAGAAAAGACAAUCUGUUUAGGGAUUAUUUGUUCAAAUGUGUGGACAACUCUGAAACUGUGUCAGCAGAUGCUUAUGGACAACGCCACCUAGCGUUCCCUCUCCGUGAUGACCAAGGGAGAGCAGUGGCUGUGGUAGACAUCAGUAUAGGAGAGCUAAAGAACCUACCAGAACAUGAGAACAGAGAGGUUCAGAGAAUGCUGAAACUACUGAACCAGGCUCACAAAGAGAUCACCAAGGAGUUCUCAGGAGAAGUGGACAAAACUGUUGUUCUAGAGGCAGAAAAGGAUGAUGACAGUAGGAUGGACAUCAUGUUUGACCGGUUGAUGCUGAUGGAACUCAGAGAGAAUGUCUCCAAGAUUGAUGCCAAAUCCUUUGCUGAAUUACGCAGCUACAAUGAGCCUCCCAAGAUAGUGCAGAACAUUGUCAAGGCUGUGGUGGCCAUUUUCCACUUGGACCAGGUGGAAAGUGGAGAAGUGGAUGAUUGGACCAAUCUAAGAAAUUAUGUCAACAAUGAACUGCUACAGAAGAUAACAGAGUAUGACCCAACAGCAGCCAGUGACCACGCUCUCAUACCACCAGAGAAACUAGAAGUCUUCUUAAAAGAUGUACCCCAUGGAGAAGUUGGAAAAUUUGGAUCCAUUCCUGCUCAGAAUAUGUACAACUGGGUCUUUGUGUGUAUUUCUUUGAUUGAGCACACAAUAAAAAUGAGGGAAAACAAUGGCGGAAAUGUUGCUGCUUCAACUCACCAAUCAGAUACGACGCGUUAGGAUCACAUGACCUAGGACGAACAGCAUAAUUGACAUUUUAAAACAAAAAAAAAUUUAAAUGGAGAUUUUUAUCAAAGCAAAAUAAUACCCAUACCAAGCAAAGACCGAGUGCUGUUUGGUGCUUUGUGGUUUAUGUUCGAGAUUUAUAACAUGUCAAAACUAAAUACACUGUAUAGAAAUGAAUAAUAUCUGCUGUAUUGACAUCUAUUUUGAUGCUCCAUCACCUUCUGUUAUAUUACGCUGCUGUGAUAAGAAAUUGUAAAUGUUUAAUUACAAUUGAUGCUGAUGUAUUGUUUUUAUGCUAUUCAUUUUCUUCAGAGACUGCCAAUGCUAAGCUGUGUUAACAACGCAUUACAUGCAAUUGAUAAAGCAAGACUGCUGGUUUUAAACUAUAUUUUUAGUACCGUACAUUGAACUGCAAUUUAAAAUGCAGAAUAAAGCAUAUUUUCUAUACAAACCA